GUAAAUAAAAACCGGCAUAAACAUAAACCAUAGUCACAGACGGAGUAAGAACACAACCUAGAUUCUUGCCGUUACGGGAAAAAUCUUCUUGGAGACAAAAUCCCAGUAAAAUUUCUUCCAGAACUACCUAUUGACCAGUAGGUUUAAUUUAUCUGUGUUUCUUGAUCUUCGAGAAGACAUAAUCUUGAGUCUGAAGGUGAAACUACUGUAGACAGAAGAACAAUGUCAAAGAAAAAGAACCCUCAUGUGUUUCUAGAUAUAUCCAUUGAUGGAGCUCCCAAAGAAAAAGUUGUUAUUGAGCUUUUCUCAGAUAUUGUUCCUAAGACUGCUGAGAACUUUCGAGCACUCUGCACAGGCGAGAAGGGCAUUGGUGCGUCUACUGGAAAACCACUACACUUCAAAGGAUCUAUUUUUCACCGGAUAAUUAAAGGGUUCAUGGCUCAGGGUGGUGAUUUCUCAAAGCGUGAUGGCACUGGUGGAGAGAGUAUAUAUGGGGGAAAGUUUGCAGAUGAAAAUUUUAAACGGGCUCACGAUGAGCCGGCUCUCCUCUCAAUGGCAAAUGCUGGUCGAAACACAAACGGAUCCCAAUUCUUUAUCAUCUUCAAGGCUACACAUCAUCUUGAUGGGAAGCAUGUUGUUUUUGGAAAAGUUAAACAAGGAAUGGAGAUAAUAAGGAAAAUGGAACAAGUUGAAGUAGUCGCAGAUUCGGCGAAACCUGUUGGUCCUGUGAAAAUUGUUGAUUGUGGUGAAGUUCCUGAAAACAAAACUGAUGAUGUAGUGGCAAAGAAAGCAAAAAAAGUGAAGAAAUCAGGGAGACCUCUUUCUUCAGACGAUAGUUCUGAUGGUAACAGGAAGGGAAGGCACAGGAAAUCUGUCAAAGACAAGAGAAAGAAGAGAAAAAGGAGAUACUCCUCGUCUGAUUCAUCUAGCUCGUCUGAAACUGAUAGUUAUUCUGAUUCCGAAUCUGAAUCAGAAUCGUAUACCUCCAGUGAUUCUGAUACAGACUCUUGCACCUCAGACUCAGGUGAUGGAAGACGUAGUAGGAGGAAGAAAACCUCAACUAAAGAUAAACAUGGGAAGAAGAGGAAGGACAAACUAAGGGACAAGAAGCGGAAGCGUACCAAUAAAAGCUCUAAGCGGCAGUCGAAACGGAGUUCCGGAAGUGACAGUGAUUCAGAAAGUAACAGCAGUGGCUCUGACAAUGAAGCUGAACGUAGAGUUUCUGCUCGUAAAACCGUUGUUAAGAAGCAGUCUCUCCAGCUGUCGGGGUAAAAGAUAGGGGACAAAAAGAAGAUCUGAUACUCACGAAGGA